GACACGGCCAGAGCACUGAGAGAUAUCAGGUAUUGAUGUAACUGGAGUGAAUAAGGGAACCUUCUUCCUGAGCACAGACAUUGGAGCCUGUUAUCAGCAUGAACUCAUAUGUGUUAGGUCUCGCCCAAAUAGAUCAAACCACAUGGACACUUGAUCAAGUAAAUACAGUAACAUGACCUGCAAACACGGCCAGAGCACUGAGAGAUAUCAGGUAUUGAUGUAACUGGAGUGAAUAAGGGAACCUUCUUCCUGAGCACAGACAUUGCAGCCUGUUAUCAGCAUGAACUCAUAUGUGUUAGACAAACAUGAAUAGUUCAUAUCCAUCCUUCACUACAGGAAGCAUCAGAAUGAUACCACAGACUUCAACAUUUUUAGACACUAAUGGAUAUUCACCAACAUUGGGUAAAUCACAGCAGAUAUUUUAAGAAGAUGGUGAAUUUGCAGGAACUGGGCAGCAAUCAUGUACAGAAAGUAAUUUAGUCAUCAAACAAGAGGACAAUAAUUAUGCCUUAUCUAGUGAAAUAAUUAUCCCUGAGGAUAAGCCACAAACAUUUACUGAGUUUUCAAAAGAAUUUAAAGAAGAGAAAAGUCUACAGUCUAGCCAAAUGAUUCAUACAAAGGAGAGGCCUUUCAAAUCUACAGAAUGUGAGAAAAGCUUUAGAUAUAAGUCUCAUCUCCUAGAACACCACAAAAUUCACACAGGUGAGAAGUCGCACACAUGUACUGAGUGCGACAAAUGUUUUAUACAAAUGACAAAACUUAUAGCUCAUGAAAGGACCCACACAGGGGAGAAACCCUUUAGCUGUACAGAGUGUGGAAAAAGUUUUACACGAAUGAAUAAUCUGAAAACUCAUGAAAUGAUUCACACAGGAGAAAAGCUUUUCACAUGUACAGAGUGUGGAAAAAGUUUUGCAGAAAAUAGUAGUCUGAGAAAACAUAAAAGGAAACACACAGGAGAAAAGCCUUUCACAUGUACAGAGUGUGGAAAAAGUUUUACAGAAAAUAGUAGUCUGAGAAAACAUGAAAAGAUUCACACAGGGGAAAAGCCUUUCACAUGUACAGAGUGUGGAAAAAGUUUUACAGAAAAUAGUAGUCUAAGAAAACAUAAAAGGAUUCACACAGGAGAAAAGCCUUUCACAUGUACAGAGUGUGGAAAAAGUUUUUCAGAAAAUAGUAGUCUGAGAAAACAUGAAAAGAUUCACACAGGGGAAAAGCCUUUCACGUGUACAGAGUGUGGAAAAAGUUUUACACAAAUAAAUCAUCUGAAAACUCAUGAAAGGAUUCACACAGGAGAAAAGCCUUUCACAUGUACGGAGUGUGGACAAAGUUUUACAGGAAAGAGUCAUCUGAAAAGUCAUGAAAGGAAUCACACAGGAGAAAAGCCUUUAACAUGUACAGAGUGUGGAAAAAGUUUUACAAGAAUGUAUCAUCUGAAAACACAUGAAUGGAUUCACACAGGAGAAAAGCCUUUCACAUGUACAGAGUGUGGAAAAAGUUUUACACAAAUGGAUCAUCUGAAAACUCAUGAAAGGAUUCACACAGGAGAAAAGCCUUUCACAUGUACAGAGUGUGGAAAAAGUUUUACAAGAAUGUAUCAUCUGAAAACACAUGAAUGGAUUCACACAGGAGAAAAGCCUUUCACAUGUACAGUGUGUGGAAAAAGUUUUACAGGAAAGAGUAGUCUGAAUAAUCAUGAAAGGAUUCACACAGGAGAAAAGCCUUUCACAUGUACAGAGUGUGGAAAAAGUUUUACAGAAAAUAGUAGUCUAAGAAAACAUGAAAGGAUUCACACAGGAGAAAAGCCUUUCACAUGUACAGAGUGUGGAAAAAGUUUUACACGAAUGGAUCAUCUGAAAACUCAUGAAUGGAUUCACACAGGAGAAAAACCUUUCACAUGUACAGAGUGUGGAAAAAGUUUUACACGAAUAAAUCAUCUGAAAAAGCAUAAAAGGAUUCACAAGGGAAGAAACCUUUCACAUGUUUAGAAAGUGGAAAUUGUUUUUUAUUGAAAUCCGGUAUCACAAAACACCAACUAUUUACAAACAAAUAAACCUUACAAACUCUCUAAAUAGAAGCAUCAAAAGGAUCCUACUGUAAAUAAUACUUUCUAAAUCACAGUUAUAAAAGCCCCAUAUUGGAAGUUCUCUCCUGCUGUUCUUUGUUCAUCUAUAUAUGUGCACCUAAGCUUCUCUCAUGUCAAUGUGAUAGAAUACAAACACCACACAGGAAUAUACAGAUUUGUCCUCAUAAUGACCAUUUUACACAACCAUUCACCACCAAAGCACCCCUAGAGUUGUUUAUUAAUAUGCCAGUGUUAGGAGUGUUAGACAAUUAUAUAAUCAAGAACAUCAGUCUCAAAUGAUUGACAUCUGGGAGAUAUAUUAAAGUGAAUGUCAAUUUUCAGCAAUGAGUGCCCGGUUAUUAAAAAUACUUUUAAAAACA